AUGUUUUGUUGUUCGGAAAUGGGGGAUUUUUGUCAUUUGAUCUUUAAAUUUAAGAUUAAUUUUGUUUUUUUUGCGGACUUUUUUGGGGGCUUAUUUUUGCGGACAUUUCUUGCGGAAUAUUUUUGCGGACUUUUACUGUUAUUUUUUGGAGGCUUAUUUUUCGGACUUAUUUUUGUGGACUUUUCUUGUGGACAUUUAUUGCGGACAUUUUUCUUGCGGACUUAUUUUUGCGGACAUAUUUUGCGGAUUAUCUUUUGGAUUUUUUGCGGAUUUUCUUAA